GCUCUCUCGUUUCCGUCUCGUUCAAUUGUUCUUCCGGUGAUAGAGGUCAGCUCUAUCGAACAGAACGGGUAUCCCUGAAAAUCGUCGAAAGCCGCAACAAACAUGUCUCACACCAUGCUGCUGGUGCAGCCCACGAAGAGGCCAGAGGGUCGCACAUAUGCUGAUUACGAAUCGGUCAACGAAUGUUUGGAAGGUGUUUGCAAGAUGUAUGAGGAGCAUUUAAAGAGAAUGAACCCCAACAGUCCAUCAAUAACGUACGACAUCAGCCAGCUGUUUGACUUCAUCGAUGACCUGGCCGACCUCAGCUGUUUGGUGUAUCGUGCCAACACACAGACCUACCAGCCUUACAACAAGGACUGGAUCAAAGAGAAGAUCUACAUGCUGCUUCGCUGCCAAGCCCAGCAAACAGCCAAGUCCUGAGAAGAUGUGUGUGUGUGUGGGCGGGGGGGUUAGGGCUGACACGUUAAAAAGUUGUUUUUCUGUUCUCCUGGGGUGUAUUUUAUAUGUCCUUGUUUGAUUUAUUAAUAAAGAUUCCUGUUAAAUAACACUAGUACUU